AUGGCCAACCAGUACAACUCCGAUUCUCUCAUCGGCCGCAUCCUACUUGCCAAAGUCGAUACCACCAACCGCGACAGGGUUCUCAGGCACUUGUACCAAAUUCUCUCACAAGUGGCCGUCAGACCCCACGACCCGAAAUUUACUUGCGCUACCUGGGCUAUGGAGGCUGUGUGGCGCUUGCAGAAGGAGGGGCUCAUAAGGCUCAAUGCUCCAGUUGACGCUGCCCUCUGGGACAAGGUCCAUCAGGUCGCGAAGGAUUGUUAUCGCCAAGUGAUCGGUGGAAAUGGCCGGAGACCUUCAGUCGACAUAGCGGGAAAUGGCGCCUCUGCCAUCCCCACCUACGAUUUCCGAGGAUAG